AUGACAAAUUCUAAUCUCGGGUUUGCCCUUGUGACUCCGGCUUCACGAGGCCUGGGAUUUUCACUUGCCCGAUGGCUCCUGUCUAAGACAAACAUCCCCGUCGUCGCGACAGCACGAAAGGGAUGUGAUGAGGUCAGGCAACGUCUUAUGGAUGGGCUAGAUGCUUCCAAGAAUGUACAAAAGAGACUAGAGGUCUUCCCUGUUGACGUUACUGGUAAAUCCAAGCUCCUUCGAAGUAUUGAUCGAAUACUGAUUGUUCCAGAUGAAUCGAGCAUCGAGUCGAUGACUGCCGAGCUUCGAAAGCUCUUAGCCAAGACGUCGCUUCGUCUCGCUCUGACGGUUCCCGGUGUCCUCCAUGUGGAGAAAUCACCAGGACAGAUCAACGCGUCCAACGCCUGGCACAGCUUCCAGGUCAACACCCUUGGCCAAUUACUACUGAUGAAGCAUCUCUCCCCGUUUCUCCCGACGAAAUCCCAGGCAGGGUUUGCAGUCACAGAGUCUCUUUCGGGGGGCGCGUCGAUAAAGCUUCCGUCCCACGCAAUCUACGCCAUGAUGGCAGCUCGAGUGGGAUCCAUCUCAGACAACCGCACGGGCGGAUGGUAUUCCUAUCGUGCCAGUAAGGCCGCAGUCUUUCAACUAGCGAAGACGUUCGAUCUUCACUUGCGUACGAGGAGUCAAGAAAGAGCAAUCGCUAUAGCCUUGCAUCCCGGCACGGUGCGAACCGACUUUACUCAGGAGUACUGGGGCGGUCGAGACAUGUUGGAGCCUGACGAGGCGGCGGAGAGACUCAUCCGGGUUAUUACAGAGAUGUCGCCGGGUCCAGGGGAUGGGAGGGGGCGAUGUUGGGAUUGGAAGGGGAAUGAGGUCCUUCCUUAG